AGCUUUUUUCUUCUGAUUUCCACAGAGGAGUAUGGUCUGGAAAUAAUCAACAACGGUCCCAUCACAACGGGAGCUCAAGCUACUGUUCACGCCAGUCUAAGUGUGAAGAAUGACAGUGUCGCAUCAAACUUGUAUCACUUUAACUGGAUUUAUGCACCUCUGAUUCUGAUAGAGAAAUCCGAGCAGCGGUUUAACUCCGUGAUUAAUGUGACUGGUGAAUUUCCUGGGACUUUUCCUGUAUCUGUCUGGGUGACUCAUAGAAACUGCUGGUUAUGUCGGCCAGUUGCUAGAAAUGUCACCGUGCUUCAGAUUACAGAAUUUAUCACAGGGAAUCUUACCAUUGCCCAAAUAGAAGACAGUAGAUUUAUCACGCGUGGUUCUAGUUCAUCCACAGGCGCCGUGACUCGAAUUUCUUUCUGUCUUCAUGACCCAAGUCAUUACUUCAAGUCAGCAUCAUUUGUCUACAACUGGGAUUUUGGAGAUGGAGUUUACCAGAUUACCAAGGAACCCUUUGUCUACUAUAACUGCUCUACCAUGGGGAACCGCACAGUGCAUCUGAAAGUCAUAGCUGAAUGGGAGCAAAUUGGGAGCAUCAUACACGAAAGAGAAACGGUGCAGAAAACUGGUGAUUUUACCACUGCUCUGGAGCUAUUAGAUGCUGUUAAAAGUGUUAAUGUAGUGGGCUCCAGAGAAACUCAUGUAAUGGAAAACUUGAGUUUAUCUCUUCAUAUCAAUGGAACCCCCCCACUGGCAUUGUGCUGGCUUAUCAAGGCUGAGUGCAUUCCACUUGAAGGUGAAAAAUGCCAUCUGGUGGUUAUUAAUGGCUCCUGCUACAAUCUCAGCCAUACCUUCAGUGAUGCUGGACAGUAUUGCCUCAGCGUCAGAGUGGAGAACGGUGUGACAAUGCUGCAGACGUACCAUGAAAUAAAAGUGUGGCCAACAGGGAUCCACCCAGCUUUCUUUGUCCUGCUCUGCAUCGCUCUGGUUUCAGUGACGCUAGGACUGGUGCUGUACACGACCUUUCGAAGUAACACACAACAAAAAGAUCUCGUGGAGGUAGCUGACUUUGACUUUUCUCCACUGUCUGAUAAAAGCCUGUCUUCUCAUUCGGACUCAGACUGUGGCCAAGUAUGUUGCAGAUCAUGUUUUCUUUGGUCUUCUCAAGAAGCUGCCAGGGAGAGUCAUGAACUUCUACAUUCUUUUUACAAGCCAGUCAAAACGUACACAGUGUGAAGAACACAAUUGCACUUCGGUUGCACUAACUGCUGAGUUUAACUUUCUCACUUAAUAUGAGUUAAAAGCCCAGUGCUGCAUGAAUGGUUUGGGUUUGCCAAUGCAAUGAGGUUAACCACUUUAAGUCCAGCACUUGAGCAUUUCAUUCUCUGAACUAAAAAAGAGCAAGCCCUGAAACACAGUAAAAGUAGCUUUGUAUUUUUAAAUUAUACGGGUGUAUACAUUUAAAGCUGUAAAUGCAGCAUUUUAUUCUUAUGAAAGAUUGUUUUAUGUGCAGGUUUGCUAAACUCACUACCUCUUGUAAUUUCUCUGUUCCUUCUGCUGUUUGUUUCAAAGAAGAAAAUGCUAAAGUCAAACAUACCUCUCUUUCCUAUGUUACAACAGUAUUACUGGAAAUGGAAGUCACCCAAAA